GAGGGGCGGGGCUGCCUCCGAGCCACUUCCUCCUCCGAGGCUGGGGAAGGGGCGGGCCUUGCGUGACGUAAUCCAGAAAGCCCGCUCUGGUUGGAGAACAUUUGGAAGCGAUGUGGGCGGGAAGGAGGCGGAGUCUAGUUUCCCGGGGGACGGGUUGCUUGGCGGUCGCCUAGUAACCGGUCGCGGCAGUCCCUGCGGCGGCAGCGCAGGCCGCGGAAAUCUGUGUGCUGGAGCCCACGCUGGGCUCCUUCUGUCUGUGGUGCGAUGGCGGCCGCCGCGGCAGUGGUCACGCCGUCGGGUUUAGAGGAUGCGGUGUCUCGGUCCCAUGGCGAAGGGGCUGGGGAGGCGGUCGUGGAGCGGGGGCCCGGCGCGGCCUACCACAUGUUCGUGGUGAUGGAGGACCUGGUGGAGAAGCUGAAGUUGCUCCGCUAUGAGGAGGAACUCCUCCGGAAGAAUAACCUGAAGCCCCCUUCCAGACACUAUUUUGCACUGCCUACCAACCCUGGUGAACAGUUCUACAUGUUUUGCACUCUUGCUGCUUGGUUGAUUAACAAAGCAGGACGCCACUUUGAACAGCCUCAGGAAUAUGAUGACCCUAAUGCAACAAUAUCUAACAUAUUAUCUGAGCUUCGAUCAUUUGGGAGAUCUGCAGAUUUUCCUCCUUCAAAAUUAAAGUCAGGUUAUGGAGAGCAUGUAUGCUAUGUUCUUGACUGUUUAGCUGAAGAAGCAUUAAAAUACAUUGGUUUCACCUGGAAAAGACCAACAUACCCAGUGGAAGAAUUAGAAGAAGAAACUGUUCCAGAAGAUGAUGCAGAAUUAACAUUAAAUAAAAUGGAUGAAGAAUUUGUGGAAGAAGAGACAGAUAAUGAAGAAAACUUUAUUGACCUCAAUGUUUUAAAAGCUCAGACCUAUCGCUUGGAUUUGAACGAGUCUGCCAAACAAGAAGAUAUUUUAGAAUCUACAACAGAUGCUGCAGAAUGGAGUCUAGAAGUGGAACGUGUACUACCACAACUGAAAGUCACGAUUAGGACCGACAAUAAGGAUUGGAGAAUCCAUGUUGACCAAAUGCACCAGCACAAAAGUGGAAUUGAAUCUGCUCUAAAGGAGACCAAGGGAUUUUUGGACAAACUCCAUAAUGAAAUUGGAAGGACUCUGGAGAAGAUCGGCAGCCGAGAAAAGUACAUCAAUAGUCAGCUUGAGCACUUGGUUCAAGAAUAUCGUGCAGCUCAAGCUCAGCUGAGUGAGGCAAGGGAGCGAUACCAGCAAGGAAAUGGCGGAGUGACUGAGAGGACCAGACUGCUGUCUGAGGUUACUGAAGAACUAGAAAAGGUAAAGCAAGAAAUGGAAGAAAAAGGUAGCAGUAUGACUGAUGGUGCUCCUUUGGUAAAGAUUAAACAGAGCUUAACAAAGCUGAAGCAGGAAACUGUUCAGAUGGACAUUAGAAUCGGUGUUGUGGAACACACAUUACUCCAAUCACAGCUGAAGGAGAAAUCGAACAUGACUAGGGACAUGCAUGCAACAAUCAUUCCAGAAUCUGCAAUGGGUUCUUAUUAAAACAUAUCAGUGUGGUUUUUUGUGUGUGCUUCUGAUUAGUUGGUUUUUUAUAUCAAAUCAUAUUACAUGUUGCAUGUUUCAAAACACAAUUAUAACUCUUAAAGCAUGUUCAAUGAGUAUUUUUAUAUACACACACAUAUUGUAUCAUGGUGAUUAUGGACGGUUAAAGCCUUUAAAAUGAAUAUGGCAUUUAAUAAAGUAAUGAAAAAUUAUCACUUUCAAAGCAGCUUUCAUUCAUCAUUAAACAAGUUCAAGUCCCCA